GCAUGUGUCAGAGCUCUGCUGCUUUCUAGAUCGCAGCUGCAGACUCCGACUCCAAAAUCCCAGUGGAUCGAAGUUGCAGCCACAGAUUACGUCCCCAAGGAGAAACGCAUCAAUAUCUCUUGGAAUCGGGGCACCAUGAACGUCAGAAACCUCUCCAUCCCGAUCUACUGUGAUGGUUUCUACCUGGUCUCCCUGAAGGGAACUAUCAGGGCAAUGUCCCAGAGGAAUGCCUCACUGAGCCUUAAGGUGUACAAGCGGUCCGAUGCGUCCAUCUUGUGUGUGAAGGUCACAGAGGAGGUAGUAGAUUUGGUGACAGUGUCCGAGAUGCGGUUUAAGGAUGAAGUCUACUUGGAGGCCAACAGAGAUGCCAACUACAAAGAUUUGACACUGGGCCUCUUCUUACUGACUCCUCGCUCACACUGCUUACCAGACGCAUAUAAAAUGUAAAGUAAUGCCCCUGUGAUCAAAUAAAACUGGGAAUUGGAACCCAGCACCUAAACUCAUGGGAGGGUUAUGUCCAAUAGGCUGUACAUGUUCAAAAAACCUACCCUGGCCUGGCCUCUCAGGGGCUUGUGGUAUGUCUGAGUGAGAGAGUUCUCAUGCAAACAAGCCAAUGUGCAAAUGGUCUUUAUACAGCACAUGUCCUGUUCCUCUCUUUGGGGCUUACCACAGCUAUUUUGUUAGCUGAAAUGGGAGAAAUGUACAGUGCCCUCAAGAAGAAUGAAGAGGACGCCACUGAAAAUUAUCAAUGCUUGCCUCAGAGUCAGCGGAAUCCUGGAUUCUCUAUUUAUUUGAUAAUAUUUGUAUAUAAUUGAAAUGCUGUGUACAUUUGCUGAAAACAGUCACUUCAAUCAAGAAGGGACCUGGUUUGUCUUGAAGCCACCUGGGCAAGUUGGAGACUCCAGGGACCCACCACACAACCUUUGCCUCGUUGUGAAGGAAAAGAUGAAGAGAUGGCAGGCAAGGUGUCCCCUGCGGUGAUCCAGAUAAAUGUGCUCUGAAAGACUCAGGAAAUGAAAAAAUAAAAGUGUUUGGAAUUGAGAGAAGAAGGCUGGAAUGGACCAGUGAGAGACUGUUAGGAAUGGCUUUUAAAAAAGAAAG